AUGGUGUUUUUGGAUUCACUCCGUAAACGAUUCUCCAGCACUCUCGAAUCUCACCAGAUCGACGAAGACUACACCGUGGCCGAGAACGAGACAGAAACAGAAACUCCUAUCGCCUCUGCCCUGUGUGUUGCAUCCGGAGUGGAUUACAUGGCCAUAGGACUAGAUCCACGCUUCGACCCCGACGAAGCUGUUCCGUCAUACGAGACAUCACAGAUGCUCCAUGACCGUCUGAAUAAUGCUAGUAAUAUUUCUAUUCUGAGAAACUCCUCCUUCGUAGCAGAUAUGGACUCAAUAGCGUAUCUAGACCGUCCCACUAAUGUAACGGCAAUGGCGUCAUCCACUUCGGCGGCAAAUCCUGCUUCUGCCACUUCCCGAAAGUCUGAGUUGAAACGAAAUUCGCUCAAACAGUUGGGGCUCAAGUUUCUCAAUGCACGUCAGCACUUUGCGCUUGCUAUCUCACGAGACGUGUCGUUAAUACCGCCUCUCAUCGGCCUCAUCCAGCUGUGGAAACGGGCCUUUGUUGAUAGCCACUACAUGGUAGACUCCAUCAACAGUGCAAACCUCAGCGAAACAAGCCAACACCUAAAGUCCAUAACAAGUGCCCGGCAGUCAGAACACUUUCUUACUGGCUUGUGGUGUCUUGUGGCUGCAUAUUUGUCGUAUUCUGUAUUAGACGGCUUGACUGUUCGCUGGAUCGUAACCUAUCUGACUUCUGCUGCAAUCGUGCGUGUCUUGUCAAUGUCUACAAUCAUCAUAGCCGUCGAACAGUACCUUGUAGCAACUUUUUCAGCCUACGGAUACAAGUACGGCUUACAUAUCUGGCUUCUUAUCAGUUGCUGCUUGACGUUUGGAUACAUAGUCCAGAACUUCGUGACUUCCAACUUGGAUUUAAAGAAAGGGGCGCAGAAAAGGGCGCGAUUCUUCGAUUUCUACAACAUCGUCGUGUUUGCUGUGGUACCUGUAGGUUUGGCCAGCUUUAUAACCAUGAUAGGUCUCUUGCGAUCGCUCUUAAUUCUCCGGAUCGAUAUAGACCAGACCUUCGGCGAAGCAUAAUGAUGAAUUCUUAAUAACAAUAGUACUAAUAUUGCGACAUCUCAACCGGAUUGGGAUUGCCGUUUACGACUCAAGUUCGACUAUGUCGUCCACCUAUAUAUAAAUCUAUACUUGUAUCAUUACAAAUCUCAUAUAUUU